GCUCUUCCAGUGGAAGGCCUGGGGAGUUGAACAGUUGUCGUAACGCUUUUGCUGGCAACCGUUCGGGAAGGGAAGGGAAAAGAAGAGAAUGAGAAGAGAAUGGGCGACUGUUCGAGCUUGGAGGUCAUAAUUGUGUAAAGUCGAACUGAAGUAACCAUGGGCAUUUCUGCGAAGUGGUUUAAAUCACUUGUUGGGACUAAAAAGCAAGAAAAACUGCAAAACUUGGGAAACUGUGAGAAUGUGGGUACAAUGAAACUGCAGAAAAAUGAUGCAACAACUCACUUUUGGCAUCGAAGAAACCAUUCUGUGGAUUUUGAUACAGCUGCAACAGACUUUGUAGAGAGAACAAAUCUAUCAACAGGAGAUAUUAUCCAAACAAGUUCCAAUUCAGACACCUCUCCAGCAACGUCACUUCAUGUGCAGCUGUCUUCCCAGUCUCGUUCUGAGCCAAGCCUAAAAGAAGAAUGGGCUGCAACUGUUAUUCAAACUGCUUUUCGAGCUUUUCUGGCCAGGCGUGCAUUGCGAGCUUUGAAAGGGCUUGUUAGACUGCAGGCCCUUGUUAGGGGCCAUGCUGUUAGGAAACAAGCUGCAAUAACGCUUCGUUGUAUGCAAGCAUUGGUGAGAGUCCAAGCACGUGUCAGAGCAAGGCGAGUUCGCAUAGCCUUAGAGAAUCAGCUCGGCCAACAAACAGCUCAGCAACUGCCAGCACAAGAUGCACGUGUUAAAGAAGUAGAGGAAGGUUGGUGUGACAGUGUUGGAUCUGUUGAGGAAAUUCAAGCAAAGUUGUUAAGAAGGCAAGAAGCAGCAGCCAAACGUGAGAGAGCCAUGGCUUAUGCUCUUUCUCAUCAGUGGCAAGCUGGUUCCAGGCAGCAGAUUGUCCCUCCAGGUUAUGAACCAGAUAAAAAUAACUGGGGCUGGAAUUGGUUAGAAAGAUGGAUGGCUGUCCGUCCAUGGGAGAACCGUUUUCUUGACAUUAAUCUAAAGGAUGGAGUUAUGAUUAAUGAAAAUGAAGCAGUGGAGGUGAAGCAUGGAAACAAAUCUUUUGUGAAGCCUUCAGGGAGGAAGCCUAUUUCUUCUCUUCAUUCAAACAGUAUCAAUCAGAGAACUGUUCCGUUCCCCUCAGAUGUUUCCUCAUCAAACCGUUCUGUAAAAGUGACGGAUGCCUCCACCCUGGGAAAAAUGAAAACAUCAGCAGAAGAGGUGCCCGGAGAGGCCAGUUCUAAACCUUAUGGUUUGGUCUCACGAUCCAACAGCACUCCAAAAGAAAGGAAUCCUCAAUUUGAUUCACAGGAUAGGAAGAGAUUGUCGUUACCUGGCAAUGGUACGCGUCCAUUUAUCAUAGUAAUUUUUUUAUUAUUUCAGGAUAACAUGAAGAAAAUGUUUUUUUGAUAUUUUCUAUCAUCU